CCAGUCAGUAAGAGACAAGCUGAAGGUACCUCCUGGUAUUGGUUUUAAUCGACAAAUGGCGGACAACGCAGCCUCCGCAGCCCCCGCAGCCCCGCCGACACGGCGUGAGGAACCUUUCAAGGUCUUCUGGGAGACCAUGACUGCGGUAAUGAUCUACUUCUUCCCGCACUUGGUCGCUGUUUGGCUCCUCCACGUUCUGAACAACGAGCCUGGCAUUCCAGAAUCGCUCCGUCGAAGGCUUUAUUCGCUCCUUAUGGUAUCGACGACGAUCAUCAUGAUGCAGACCAUUGCCAUGGUCUACUACGGCCGCGGCCUGGUGCAGACUGCAGGGUUUCGCAGAGAUGUUCCUGCAGAGGCCUCGAACAGUCCGCGGAGUAACCGCCGCCGUGACGACUCGGACAGCGAAGAUACUGAUGAUAGUCGCGGUCCCGCAUGGGCAGUCAGGAUGGCCGCCGCGUCUUUCGGUGGCUGAACUUGAGUCACCUACAGCAGCAGUGGGGCUCGCGGUCGCCGUCAACUGUUUUUAGUUUUGACUCCCUUGUCCGAUGGGAAAUUUUUUAUUGAAUGACUAUAGUUAUUUUCAAUAAACUUGACCGUGCUAAAAAAAUCGUUCUUAAUCGCUUUUUGAUUUGUCGAAACGUGAUACUAGGGCACCAAAAUAGCCUAAAUGGCUAUUUACACUUCGCCAAUGAAGAGAUGUAU